UUUAUCCUUCGUAUAUGGAAAUAUUCAAAUUCAUGAUUUAAAUAAUAAUCCAAUCGCAAUUAUUAGUUUAGGAAAAGUAAAAUUGAAAUUAGGAUAUGUAAGAGUAAUACAACCCAUUGAAUUAUUUCAAUUCCAAGAUAUAAUAGAUAACUUUGAUAAACUAGUAAACCAAAAAGUUUAUAACAAUCAAUUGUAUGCACUCCUUAGAAAUAAAAACCUAUUGUUACAACAAACAUUUUCGAAGAUCAAUCCAGAAAAACAACGCACUAAACGAUGGGACAAAAUAGGAACGUUUUGGAAAUGGAUAGCAGGGAACCCUGAUGCGAGCGACCUCCGAAUGAUUAACAAAACUAUGAAUGAUUUGAUUACAAAUAAUAAUGAUCAAAUACUCAUCAAUCAUGCUAUUAAUGGAAGAAUACAACACAUCAGUAAAAUAACUAAUGAUCUUCUGCAAUUGGACUACAAAUCUCAACAACAACAUGUAAUAGAAUUGAAUCUUUUGACAAUAAUACUGAAUAUUGAUAUCAUCCAACAUCAAAUUGAAAUACUAGAAGAUGCCAUUUUGCUAGCCAAACAUGGAAUUCCGAGCAGUCGAAUUUUUUUCCAUCAAAGACUAUUUAAAAACAAAGACAUUUUUGGAACAAGCAAAUAUCUAUGUUGAUUCAUAUGAAGACUUAUUAUCAAAAUCAAUCGUACAUAUCAUUAUGAACAAAACACACAUAAUGUAUAUGUUGAAAAUACCGCAAUUAUCAAAUGAACAAUAUGAUUAUGAAUACAUAGAGCCCCUUAUUCAGAACAAAAAGAGAGUAUCAGUGAAAAAUAACUAUAUUAUUAAAAAUGAUUCUCAUAUAUACGAGACUUCAAAGAAAUGUUCUGCAGAAUCCAAUAUGUUCAUAUGUGAUACUGAUGUAUUACAAUUACCUAACCAAUGUAACAACAAUUUGGUUCAUAUUCAACACGCAGACUGCAACUAUGAAAUAGUUCAUACAACCGGAAUAAUCAAACGAAUUAAUGAUGCUACUGUCUGCGAGUAAACAACAACAAACCCAACAGUACAUCCCUGGCUCUUACUUUGCUAUAAAGCGCUGAGUUCCCAGUUGUGAAACAAUAACCCGAGAGAAGUACUUGUGAGAGUCAGUUAGAAUUUGUUUUGUUUUUUGCUUUGUUUUUUUUUUUGUCAUGUCUGUAAAUAGAGAGAGAGGAGAAUAAAAAAAAACAUUGUUGUUCAGUUUUUGUGCAGUAUAAGUAAUUGUUGAGACAUGUUCCUGAAUGUAAAAUAAAAAAUGUAGUUUGAUAUUUGUAAGAAUAAAUGUAUUUUGUGCUGUGAAAUCUGUGAAGUUUAUUCAACCACCAAGUGGAAGCAAUCAGGGAACCCCAGAGGAAUAGUUGGAAUUGCUGUACAAUUGCCACCAUCAGUGUUGUACCACCCACCACCCGCUGGAAUACGGGUUUAUAAGGAGGAUAUUGGUUGGAAUACAACAUUUUGGUCCUUCGAACCGGAUCCAACGAAUCAGAACCAAGGAUUUGACCAUUAUAACGUCACCAACAAGUACUCGGACUGGCAAUUGAGGACAACCUAUUUAUCGCAAAAAGAAUAAUUGAUCGGCAGCCAUCACUACACAGCACAAAUCACAAAAAGGAACAAUUGCAAUCGUUUGGACACCCACCGGCAGUUAUUUUUGUUCAGGUUAGUUAGAGCAAAUAAUACCUAUAUGUCCAGCGAAGCUCGCACCAUAGUUCGGUACUAACACUGGUUCAUUUCCGGAAUUCACGUUUUCGAGAACGGGAUCGUUAACGAGGAUUGAAAAUCAACAAUCGCAAUUGUUGGAUUGAGCGCUACAUGAACAUCCACUUAUACAUAUCUGGAACGCCACGUGAACCAACAUUUUGAUUGAUCCACCACCCACUAAGUUCACCAUAAGGAGGCCAGCCACCCUGCAUCGCUGUUUUAUUGAGUGCUGCAUACGAAGAGGAAGUUCAUCUGAAAUUUUGCCUGGGUGAGUGCAUUAGAAUAGUAUAUGCGCCGAAGCUAGGCAAGAUUAAUACACGUUUUAAAAUAAACUUGUAUCCUCUUCGAUUCAUUCAUACAACCCACUUCCCUGCACAUCAAUGAGUGUAUUGGUCUACAAGUAAACAUAUACUGGUUCAUUGGUUAAUUGUUGCAAUUGGGCAAUUUCUACUGGUUCAUUGAUUGGCGCGACGAUUAGUUCUCCGGGUGAGUUGGAACUGUAUAUGUCCACCGAAGUUAUUUUACGGAAUAUUACAUAAAAUACCCCACCUCUUCGCUAAAACACCUGCCCCAUCGGAGUACAAAGUAAAAAUUGCUUGGCGAUUACAAUCUCAUCGCUAGACUGUUCGCACAUCACAUUGGGUGCAUCGGUUUACGUUGUAAGGUAAACUACACUAGUAUAUGCCUAGCGGAGCUAGGACUUCGAUAGAUAUCUACCAACACGUUCAAUCCUUUUCAACAACGGUGCCGAUAACGUUCCAUCAACAUGCCGCCAGUAAUAUCCGCUGCUAAGAAGGCUCCUUCGCUGAAGCUGCUCAUAGCGAGGUUGAACGAUGUCCAGGCUUCUUUCAACGACAUCUGGCGUUUCGUGGAAUACUACGAAGAAAAUGCAACUGUUACAGAUGUUGACAUUCGGUUAGAGAAGGUAGAUGAGCUAUGGGAGAAGUUUUGUGAUACAUUGGUAGAGAUUAGGGCACAUGAAGAUUAUCUCGCGGAUGAGGAAUCGUACGAUAAGGACCGACAGGAAUUUAGUGAUAGGUAUUAUCGAGCCAAAUCAUUCCUCGUAGAUAAAUCUAAGAAGCUGCAGGGUCCAAUGGGGCUGGAACAGUCUGUUCGAAUGAACGAUUCAGUGGUUUAUGGUGUUGAUCGCGUGCGUCUCCCUCAAAUAAGUUUACCUUCAUUCAAUGGGGACAUAGAUGAGUGGCUGAGUUUCCGAGAUCUAUUCACUUCACUCAUCCACCAUAAAACGGAGUUACCAGAGGUGGAGAAGUUCCACUACCUCAAGGGUUGUCUUCAGGGGGAACCGAAAAGCCUGAUAGAUCCGCUGAAAAUUACAAGGGCCAAUUAUCAAAUUGCCUGGGAUAUGUUGUUGAAGCGUUUUGAUAACAGUAAACAGUUGAGGAAACGUCAAGUACAAUCGCUAUUUAAGCUUCCAACAUUAACCAAGGAAUCAGUCAGCGAACUUCACAUCUUGUUAGAGGGAUUCGAGAGGGUCGUGAAAAAUUUAGAUCAAGUCAUAGAACCGGAGGACUAUAAGGAUCUACUGCUUGUCCACAUACUUACAGCACGACUUGACCCGGUAACACGCAGAGGCUGGGAGGAAUUCUCUACGUCCAAGGAGCAAGAUACAUUGUCCGACUUAACGGACUUCAUUCGGCGACGUGUUCAAAUGCUUGAAUCUCUUCCCAGCAAAUCCGUUGAUGUUAAAGGACCAAACCCACUCCAACAGUUUUCGAAACCGAGAACAGCGUUUACGAAAACCAAUUAUAGCAGCAUGCAGAGUUUCGAAGGGCGUUGUGUGGCCUGUAAGGGCGAGCAUCUAUUGUACCAAUGUCAAGUGUUUCAUCGGCUAGAGGUAGCGGAAAGAGACGCACUUUUAAGGACCCAUUCGCUUUGCCGCAAUUGUUUUCGGGUAGGACAUCAGGCGAAGGAUUGUAAAUCCAAGUUUUCCUGUCGAAAAUGCCAGGGUCGACACCAUACAUUGGUAUGCUUCAAGACAGAAAGGGAAGGCUUCAUGAAGGGUACGGUGGUUGCAAAGGGCAAGGAAUCUGGAUCAAAGGCAUCAACUUCAACCCAAACAGCAAAUGUGUCAACCAAAACCGUUUGCACAACGCAGCAGUUCUCUUCUCAGGUAUUACUGGCUACUGCUGUUGUCUUGAUGGUGGAUGAUAGUGGUCAGGUGUUCCCCGCUCGUGCUUUAUUGGAUUCAGGUUCCGAGAGUAAUUUUAUAUCAGAACGGCUGAGUCAGCGGAUGUGUGUCAGCCGAGAAAGAGUGGUCAAUCAAUCAAUUCAAGUCAACUGCAACAUAUCUGCAUCAGGAAACUUGGAGUCAUUGGUCGCAAGAUUCUGGGAAUAUGAAGAGAUUGGAGUAUCAAACUAUUAUUCGCCGGAAGAAACUCGCUGUGCAGAACAUUUUGAACGAACGGUACAGCGUGGAAUAGAUGGCCGAUUCACGGUGACAUUGCCCAAGGAUGAGGGUGUCCUUCGUAGAUUAGGAAAAUCGAAAGAAAUCGCACUAAGACGUUUGCAGGGAACCGAACGAAGACUGUUGCGUGAUACUCUACUACGUGAUCAGUAUUUGGCGUUCAUGCAGGAGUACCUUCAGCUCGGUCACAUGAGAAGGGUUGAUAAGGUUUCUGAUGAGGUUCAACGAUGUUAUCUACCUCAUCACCCGGUAGUCAAGGAGACUAGCACUACCACAAAACUACGUGUUGUCUUUGAUGCAUCUUGUAAAACUUCGACAGGAGUAUCAUUAAAUGACGGAUUGCUGGUGGGGCCAGUGAUUCAGGAAGAUCUACGAUCAAUAAUUCUUCGGUGUCGCACGAAGCAGAUCAUGCUCGUUGCCGAUGUAGAGAAGAUGUUCAGGCAAAUAAACAUCUGUCAAAGGGAUAAACCACUGCAAUCGAUUCUCUGGCGAUCUUCUCCCGACGACGAGCCAGAGACCUACGAGCUGGGCACGGUCACGUACGGCACUAAACCUGCACCAUUUCUUGCUACUCGUACACUUAAGCAGCUUGCCAUGGAAGAAGUCAGUCGUUUUCCUCUGGCAGCCAAGGCAGUUUGUGAGGAUACCUACAUGGACGAUAUCAUUACCGGAGCGGAUGCAGCGGAUUUGGCCAUCGAGUUGAGGAUGCAGCUCGAUAAAAUGAUGAGUGCUGGUGGGUUUCACCUCCGGAAGUGGGCGUCGAGUUCUCAAUUAGUUUUAGAAGGAAUCAAAGAGGAAAAUUUAGCGAUUCGAGACUUGGAGGGUAUUAAUUUGGACCCAGAUCCGUCAGUGAAGACACUGGGCCUGACUUGGCUGCCGAAAACAGACACUUUAAAGUUUCAAUUCAAUAUUCCGUUACCGAUUACAACCACAGCACUAUCUAAGCGACAAAUCCUUUCGGUAAUAGCUACGCUGUUCGACCCUUUGGGACUCCUGGGAGUUACUAUUACAAGAGCCAAGAUAUUUAUGCAAAUGUUGUGGACGUUGAAAGAUGAAAAGGAUGAAAGGAUGAAUUGGGAUACCCCGGUACCUUCGACGGUGGGUGAGAUCUGGCGCAGUUAUCACCGACAGCUUUCACUACUAAAUGAAAUCCGGAUUGAACGCUGUGUUAUAAUACCAGAUCCAAUUCUGGUCGAGAUACAUUGCUUCUCUGAUGCGUCUGAGAAAGCAUAUGGAGCAUGUGUAUACAUCAAGAGCAUGGAUUCGAGUGGAAGUAUAAGAGUUAGGUUGCUAUCGUCCAAAUCAAGGGUUGCUCCAUUAAAAUCGCAGUCUAUUCCGAGAUUAGAGCUUUGUGGGGCACUUCUUGCGGUAUUGUUAUUCGAGAAGAUUCAUGAUUCUACGAGGAUAUCAGCUCAAACAUAUUUUUGGACGGAUUCGACGUGUGUUCUACAUUGGAUUGCAUCUUCACCAUCUAAUUGGAAUGUUUUCGUCGCCAAUAGAGUCGCGAAAAUUCAAACAUUGUCCGAAGGUUGUCAUUGGAGACACGUAGCAGGAGUUGACAAUCCAGCAGAUUUGAUUUCUAGGGGGAUAUCCCCAGAAGACGUCAUCGGCAAUACAAUUUGGUGGCAAGGUCCAGCAUGGUUAGAGAAGGGUCCCGAUUAUUGGCCGACAUUCCCGGAAAAUUUAGUAGCUGACGAAGGUGAUGAGGAAAGGCGCCGAGUCAUAUCAACCAACGUGGCUUCAGAAAAGGUGGACUCAAAUGAUUGGUAUUUCGCGAAGUUUGGAGCUUUCGUCGAUUUGAUACGACGUACAGCUUGUUGGCUACGAUUGAUAAAAUUGCUUCGCGAACCCAAAAACACUCAUAAGGACACUACAUUCCUAUCCACAAGCGAGCUGAAAGAGGCAGAAAGAUUGCUGAUUUCGAAGGUUCAACAAGAAUGUUUUUAUCCGGAAUGGAGAACCCUCUCUAAAGGUGAAACGAUUCCACGCAAAUCUCCGCUGCGCUGGUAUAACCCAUAUAUAUCUACGGAUGGAUUGAUAAGAGUUGGAGGACGAUUAAAGCAUUCUAAAGAAUCCGAAGAUAAGAAGCAUCCAAUUGUUUUGCCCGCUAGGCACCAUUUUACGAGAUUGAUUAUAAGACACUAUCAUGAGAAGUUGCUUCACGCAGGACCUCAACUGCUACUAGGAGCAAUAAGACUCCGAUAUUGGCCAUUAGGUGGAAGGAAUCUCGCUCGCUACACUGUGCAUCACUGCCAAAAGUGUUAUCGAUCAAAACCGUCUGCAAUCCAGCAGUUCAUGGGAGAGCUGCCAUCGGCACGGGUCACCGUAUCUCGUCCGUUCUCACGAACGGGCGUUGACUACUUCGGACCACUUUAUCUAAGAUUAGCCCCGCGACGACCAGCAGUGAAGGCCUAUGUAGCGAUCUUCGUUUGUAUGUGUACCAAGGCAGUACACUUAGAGCUGGUGAGUGAUUUAUCUACCGACCGGUUUCUGCAAGCGCUGCGGAGAUUUAUCUCAAGGAGAGGGAUGUGUACGGAUAUUUACUCCGACAAUGGCACCAACUUCAUCGGAGCUCGCAAUAAACUUCGGGAAGUAUUGAAAUUGCUGAGAGAUAGCAGCCACCGAAAUCAAGUGGACAAGGAGUGUUCCAAUCAAGGGAUUCAAUGGCACUUUAAUCCACCUAGCGCGCCACACUUCGGAGGCUUGUGGGAGGCAGCCGUACGAUCAGCAAAAAACCAUUUAUUGAAGGUUCUUGGUGAGAGUGUGGCGACUCCCGAGGAUAUGAGCACAUUGCUCGUUCAAGUGGAAGGAUGCCUUAAUUCAAGACCGUUAACACAAAUGUCUGAGGACCCGAAUGACUUGGAACCGUUGACACCGGCCCAUUUCCUCAUAGGAACUUCUUUACAGGCGAUUCCGGAAGAAAAUGUGGAAACAAUGCCCACUAAUCGUUUGAAUUAUUGGCAGUUAAUCCAGAAACGGCUACAAGACUUCUGGAAGAGAUGGCGUAGAGAUUAUUUGGCCCAGCUGCAAGGAAGGAUGAAGCGAUGGAAACCACCUGUUGACAUCGUAGUUGGUAGGUUGGUAAUCAUUCAAGACGACAAUCAGCCCCCUAUGCGGUGGAAAAUGGGAAGAAUUAUGGAGGUACAUCCUGGGGAUGAUGGAAUUGUGCGGGUGGUGACACUUAAAACAUCUGCAGGAAUAUUGAAACGACCGGUGGAAAAAUUAUGCGUUUUGCCAAUCGAAGAACCCAGCAAUUAAGCCUUUGGACGUAAAUUUGUUGCUCCCAGAUUCCUUUCCCGUCGAAGAGGUUUUUUGUGUCAUUUCAGAAAUAUGGUAUUUCAGGGUGGGUGAGGAUGUCUGCGAGUAAACAACAACAAACCCAACAGUACAUCCCUGGCUCUUACUUUGCUAUAAAGCGCUGAGUUCUCAGUUGUGAAACAAUAACGCGAGAGAAGUACUUGUGAGAGUCAGUUAGAAUUUGUUUUGUUUUUUGCUUUGUUUUUUUUGUCAUGUCUGUAAAUAGAGAGAGAGGAGAAUAAAAAAAAACAUUGUUGUUCAGUUUUUGUGCAGUAUAAGUAAUUGUUGAGACAUGUUCCUGAAUGUAAAAUAAAAAAUGUAGUUUGAUAUUUGUAAGAAUAAAUGUAUUUUGUGCUGUGAAAUCUGUGAAGUUUAUUCAACCACCAAGUGGAAGCAAUCAGGGAACCCCAGAGGAAUAGUUGGAAUUGCUGUACAAUUGCCACCAUCAGUGUUGUACCACCCACCACCCGCUGGAAUACGGGUUUAUAAGGAGGAUAUUGCAAUCACACACAAAACCUUAAUGGAUCUUUCCUAAUACAAUUCGAGCACUGUGAAAUACAUCUGGACCAUAAUAUCUACGCAAACCUCAUCAUCGAAAUUGAUAAGAAUUCUUAUCGACCAACGACUGGUUCAUCAGUUAGUUAUAAUUCUAAGUUCAAACUGUG